AUGCAUCAUAGACUUAAACCAAGCAAAAUAACGGCGUCGCUCUGCAGUGCUCCUGACUGCGGAACAGCCACAGCCGAAGCGCACGGACAGGCCCGGGACAGCAGCGAGCCGCCCUUCCUGCCGCUCCGGCCGGGCCCGAGCGCUCCCCGCGCCCGACAACCGGACCCGGAGAGAACCGAGACCGGCGGCGGCGCCGCCGGGCCGGGGGAGCGGGUCCGAGCCCGGCAACUCCCUGCCCCCGGCCCCCUCCCUCACAUCCGCAGGCCCCGCCCGCGUCGCCGCCGCCGGUGCAGUUGGGGCCGGGGCGCACGGCCUGCCCCGCCCCGGUGGAGCGGACCCGUUCUAGCCUGGAGGACACCCCGAUCAGCUGCAGGGAACGGGUUAAGCGCAGCUGCUCGCUGCCGUGCCCGCCCAUUCUCGGUGUUCCCGGGCCCUCCCGGCCCCGGCCCCUGUUGCGGGCCCGGCCUGGUCCCGCGGGAAGCGCUUUGCUGGGACAGCGCCGUUCCCGCCCGGUUCUGCCGCCCUCCGGGCCCCGGGACAGCCUUGCCCGGCGUGGCCGCGCUCCCCGACGAGAGGUCCCGGUGGUGCCGGGUCCCUCUGGCCCCACCGCCGGGCCUCCCUGUGGCGGCGCCGGGCAGGAAGCGGCUGCUGGCGGCAGCUUUCCUGCCCCGGGGGCCCCGGCGCUGGGGAGCGGACGGAGCUGGCUCCUGCCCCGGCGGGGCCCCGUCCGUCAGCGGUGCGGAGUGCCGGCUGCCCCGGGGCACCCCUUCCCCGCGGCUCCGGCAGGGUGACUGCGGGGGACGAGCAGGGCCGGCCCGCUCCCGCAGCCCUGCAUGCCGCCCGCAUCUGGGAGCUCCGCUGAGUCAGGUGGGGCGGGCGCCCGGCGUCCCCCGACCUUCCCGGGCGUUGAUUUGGGAGCGGGUGGACCGUGCUGGGACGGGCUGGGGUCCGGGAUUGAUGCCCGGGGAGCCCCAGCCCGGGCUCAGGGAUCCCGCUGUCCGGAGGAUGAGGAUGCUCCCUGGCCUACAGGGCAUGGGAACACUGAGCAUGGGGAUCUCAAGGAUGAAGGUAAUACCCUGGUGCCAUGUCCCAUGUGGCUCCAUCCCUGGCUUCUGCAGCAGUGCUAUAGUGGGGGGCUCUACCACUGGCAGGGCAAUGUCCAGCACCCCUUGGACCAACAGGUCCUACCACCAGUGGCACAGUCUGUCCUUCCAGGUGACUACUGGAUGAGGAUGGUGAGCAGAGCUGCCCUCUUGCCAUCCUGGC